AUGGCUCCAACCCUCAAACAAUAUCUCGCUCUCCCGCUGCCACUGCUCGCCACCCUUAUACAAGCUGCAGAUCCCCCUCCACCACCGCCGCCGCCGCCGCCCGACCGUAACAUUGAUCCCGGCCUCUUCCGCUUCGUCUCCAGACCUGACAUCAAGGCCCCCCGAUGGAACGUCCAAGUCCACGAACGCAGCCGCGUCACUCCCGGAUACUGGUUUGUCGCGCCGUUUGAAAUUCUAGACCAAUUUGAACCGGGAAAUGGUUGGAUAGGCCCGCAUAUUUACGAUGGAGACGGCGAACUGGUCUGGAGUGGUGCUCCCAUGGUCGACAAUUGGGGAGCCAUCGACUUCAAGUUGAGCAAUGUACGCGGCGAGGAUAUGCUGACGUUCCUGGUGCAUCAACACGGCGACGGAUACAUCGUGGAUGAAACAUUGGAAAUACAAGAGAAAAUCGACCUGGGCAUGUUGGGCGAGGGCUUCAAUUCGCACGAGUUUAAUUUCAUUGAGAAUGGCACGCGGGCCAUUGUCAUUUCCGAGCAGCGGAGGGAUGCCACCAAGGACCAGGCGAUGGCGAUCCAGUGGGAGAAGAACUGCAGAACGCUUUUCAAUGGUUUCAAAGAGUUGGACACGGAGACUUGGAAACCAGCACAUGAAUGGAGCUCUUUUGGACACGUUGGUCUAGAAGAGAGUACGUUUGUCGACGGCGGCCCCGGAGAGUUCUGCUAUGAGAUGUGGGGCUGGGACUACGUGCACUUCAACUCCGUCGACAAGGACCACAACGGCGACUACUACGUUUCCGCGCGGCACACCGAUACCAUCUACAAGAUUGCAAAGUCGGACGGCCAUGUUAUGUGGAAGCUCAAUGGUCUCCAGACGAGGCAGAAGGAGGAAGAGGAGAGGAGAAAGAAGGAACUAGAAGAGUGGAAGAAGAAGGAAGAAGCGGAGUGGAAGGCGAGAGUAGAAGAGGAGAAGAAGAAGGCAGCAGGAGGGGAGAAAUGGAUGGAGAAGGUGGGCAGAGACACCAAGAAAGACAACAAGGGCGAAUUUGAUAUGGGUGAUUUGAGCUUCUCUCGCCAGCACAACGUCCGUUUCCACGGCUUCAAUGGCACGCACGAGAUCAUCUCCCUUCUUGACAACGCACACGGACAGGACGCGCAGGGGCCCAGCCACACCAUGUCCCGAGGCCUGGUCAUUGCUCUCCAAACCGACGUGGAGCCCAAGACGGCGAGGAUCGUGUCUUCGAUCGAACACCCGGACGGCAGAGGCUCGUAUGCUCCGAGACGCGGUAAUUAUCAAGUCUUGCCAAACGACAGUGUCUUCAUCGGCUGGUCGGAGCAAGCCACGCACAGCGAGCAUACGCCCGACGGCACAUUGGUCAUGGAGGCUACCCUCGUGCCCGAAUGGUUGGGAACCUACCGCAGCUACAAAUUCCCCUUCGUCGGCCGUCCUGCUGAGCCUCCCAUCGCCGUAUCUGCUGCCUAUCGCAGCCACGCCGUGAACAGCACCACGACCAUGGUGCACGUGAGCUGGAAUGGUGCGACGGAAGUGGGCAGCUGGAAUCUGUACAAGACCACCGAGACCGGCGAGCCGAUGAUCCAAAUCUUCUCGAGGCAACGGACGGGCUUCGAGACGGCCAUGGUCUGGGACGGCUUCGCGAGCCACGUCAUUGUCGAAGCGGUCGACGCAGAGGGCGAGGUGGUCGGGCGCACCGACGUGGUACGCACCACAUCCCCCCCGUCCGAAGCCGUCGACGGCGCGGUCGCGGACGAGGUCUACUGGCUGCAGGAGCUGCACGAAGAGAAUGAUCCGUGGAAGUACAAGGACCCCUACUGGCUCAACCACCGCGCCGCAGGCAACUCCAUCCUGGGCUUCUUGCUGGGCGCCCUCUGCGUCGGCGGCCUCGUCGCCCUCCUCUGGCGCUUCCGCAAUCGAGGCUUCGGCUUGUUCCGAGCCCGGCGCUCCAAAUCUUCGUCCAACAACCCACAGCGCUACGAGCCUCUCGACGACCAAGAACGAGGAGGCGAUGUGUCGUCUGCGGUGUCGUCGGAAGAGCAGUACGUGAAGCGCAGUAGUCCGGGUUUCUUCCGAGAUAGAGAAGAAUAG